AUGCUUUCCAAAGAGCCGAAGGCUAGUUUGAGCAAGCCGCAAGCAUGGGCAGGCAUUAUCUUGCACACCCCGAAACAGACGGAAGGGUACAGUUUGACCUUGGCUCGAGUCUACAUCUUCAACGACUACGCCUUCCCGUGCAACGUCCCCAAAGAGAAACGGGAGUCCAAGUUCUGGAUCACCUGGUACUACCUGCAGGAGCGCCGUUUGUCGAGAGGUCUCCGAUGGUGGAAGACCUUGGCGGGCCUUUUGUAUCAACCGAUCCACAGCGUUUGCGUCAUGGCGUUGGUCCAAAAGGAAGCCCUCGACCGGGUAUCUGACCCAGACGCUCCUGGAGACAAGCUGCUGGAGCUUACCAUUCUCGGCGUGGUAUCGUUCCUGUCCUUGGCGUUGCUCCGCUGGGGGGACAAGGUGGCGACUGAGAAUCGCGGUCGUACCGGUGGCACUCGCAUGGUGCACCGACGACAGCUUUUCGCGAAGCUCCUGAUGCUGGAUGCCGAGGAGCUCUCCAAGGUUGAUGGCCACUGGUGGUUCUACGUUGGAGUCAACAACACGGAUGUCAUGGCCAAGGAUGCCUAUUAUCAAGGAUUCGUGGUUCUCCAGAGUGGUUUCGGACUCCUCUUGUCCGUCGCCAUGAUCUGCUAUGCUCAGCUAAGCAAGCUCGCGGAGGAAGAUGUGGGUGAUGAGUUGGUCAAUCUCAUCAUGCCGACAGUGGCCCUGGUGGCCACGAUGUUCCUUUGCGCCUUCGCCGUUCUUCGGCUGCCGAGGCUUGGGAAACUCCUCGUGCAGAGAAUGCAGGGAGAGGCUGCCUGGGUGGACACCCUGUCCUGGCUUUGCCACGCAGGGGCCUCCAUGCGGAGCCUUGCUACGCGCACUCAUUCUAAGCUUGACCUGCGCUUCACUGCGGAGAGCCGGUUCUUCCAAACCUUCCACAUCAAAGCGCGUGACUGGAGCAACGACACCAUCUGGUUUACCAAGUGGAUCACGCACCUGAUACGCGUCCUCAUCCUGAUCUUGGGUACUGCGGCGCUGCUGAAGAGUCGUCGCACAGGUUCAGACGUCUUCCAAUCUGGAGACUUCGUAUUCCAGCUGAAAGUCUUCGCUAGCUGCGGCAAGUACCUGGAGAAGGUCAUCUCCUCGCUGAUCAAGAUGUUCUCGGCGAGUGUAGGGCUGCAGCAGUUCGCAACUUUGGUGAACCUCCCCGAAAAGUCUGCCGUAAAGUCCAGCGACUCGCAUAUUGUCCAUGCUCAUGGGUCCAACGAGAUUCGAUUUGUGAAGGAUGAUGCUGCUGGAAUGGAUCUCAAGCGAAACAAAUCGAGGAUGCUGAAACGAAGCUUCUCGAUUCCGCUCGGCGGCGCCGUUCGCGUCUCGAGCACCAAGGAGAGGGAGCUCGUGAACUUUUUCUCACAGGUCGGGGAGCUGACGAUGGUCCCUUUUGGUCGGCUGUAUCGGCCCGAGGGCAUCCGCGUUGGCUACGUGCCUGCCGUGGCAUUGCGAACUCCGCAUACCAAAGUCGCCGAGGAGAUCGAGGACGGUUGCCCCGUCAACUUGGCAGAUGGUGAGUCCGAGAGAUUAGUCCAACUGUUGGAAAUCACCCCGACGAAGAGGAUGCAGGACCUCCGGCCCGGAGAGGCUCAGUUGGUGGCGAUUCUUUUGGCGGUUUUCCGCGACCCGGAUGUGCUCGUGUUGAACAGGCCAUGCGCCUUGUUGACCGACUCGCAGCACCGGAAGGUCUGGACUAUCCUGGAUUUAUGGCAGAUGGGCGGCGCGGCGAAAGUCUUGGGAAGCCUAGGUUUCGUGGCGGACUUGCCCUCGCGAUCUGGUGUGCCUCGUCGUAAGCGGACCGUGAUAACCUCACAGCAGGACAUGGCGCUGGAUCCGUAUUCGAGUUGCCCGGUCUACGAUUUGGACUUAGACACUGGCAAAGGUGUGUUCGUCCCUCGUAGCCCGACAAGAACAUCGUUCUAG